AUGACAAAUUCUGCUAUGGAUGCAUUAGUUAGUGCUGGUCUAAUGCCAUUACCAUCCAAAUCAGUGGAUGAACAUAAUCUAGAUGCAGCGAUAAAUGCAAUAGCAAAAGAUCUCACUCUAAUUUUUGAUGAACUUGAAGCUGAAACUAAAAUUGAAGAUAAACGAAUUGCUGAGGCUAUACUUAAAGUAGUACCUUAUCCAACACUUGUUGAUUUAAAAUCAAUAAUUGAUGAACAAAAAUCAAUCAUGGAUACAACCAUUCAACCUCCAUCGAUUGAACCAUUAGAAAUUUUUCUCACACAACGUGUAACAACAAUCAAAGGAUUACAAACACUUCGAGCUAGUAUGGCUAAACAUAUUCGAAAUUGUCGAAUUACGAAUACAGUUGGUAAUUCUGCAUCGAUUAUUGGUGGAACUUUAUGUUUUUUCUUUCCAACUAUUGGUGUUCCAAUAUUACUUGCUGGCAGUGCAACUAGUCUUGGAACUGCAAUUGCAGGAAAUAUAAUUGAGAAACGUCUUCAAAAGAAAUAUACUGAUCUAUUAGAAAAAGAUUCGUUAGCAGUACAAAUAUGUGAAUCAAAUUUAAAAGAUAUUACUACAUGGCUUGUAACGAUUUAUUCACUUGGUUAUUCAGUAUCAAAAGCUGGAGCUAAUUUUUUACAACUUGCUGAAGCUAUUCAUGCAAGUUCAACAUUAAGUGUGUGGUCUGAACUAAUUGCACAACUGCCAUCAUUGAGUACUGCUUUUGCAACAGGCGCUAAAACAGCUGGAACGAUCAGUGGACAAAUACUUGGUAUAUCAUUGAUUAUUUCUGUAGCUGAUCUUAUACAAACAUGGAUAUUAAAAAAUGCAACAUUAGAAGCGAUCGAUAAAGAUAUUGCAUUACUUGAACAGCAACUAAUUGAAUUAAAACAAGUUGUUGAGGUUUAUCGUGCUUAA